AUGCCGGAUGUGACGAGGAACGCGUCUGGUGACUACUAUACGGAGGUGCCUAUCAAAAAUCUUUUCGAAGGGGGACUAUACAACAGCCCAAGCAUGGCGGUCCAUCUCGCUCCUGUCCACCCUGGGCAAGCUGCUGGAGGCGGUGGUAGCAGAGAGGCUUUCCUACCUGGUGGAGACAUACGGCCUACUACCCGGCAACCACUUUGGAGCGAGCAAGGCGAGGUGUUCCACAUCAGGAACCUGGAACAGCAGGUCCGUAACUAUGAAGAGAUUGCCGACCAGAUCAAGAAGUUGGAGGCCGAGAAAAACUCCCUGCAACAGUAUAUCAUACUCCUGCAGAGUUGCCUUGCCGACGCGCAGGCCAAACCGCCCUCUAAUAUCAACCUAAGCAUGACACCCGGUGCCUCUAGCCCACACGCCCAUGGCUUGCCUCCACUAGUUCGCGACCUCGUCUGCUCUUCUCCCGGCGAGCUGACUCCUAAUACGAGUUCAACAAUAGGCAGUGACACCUUGAACAUUGCUACACAGGCCCCGAAACUCGCCGACCACAUGCUCCUGCAUCGCCGAGUGUCAGACGAUAAAACCGAAAGCGCCAUGGCUUUGUCUGACAGGGCUUGCUUGCCUUCUCAUCCUAUAUCCUCUACGCAGUCAACAGAUACUCGUGCUUCGUCUUCUUCCGUACUCAGUAUCCAUGCAAUCCUGAAUCCAGCCGAUCUCGAAGAAGAGCAGUGCAUACAUGAGCGCAUGAACUUUGGACUCUCCAGCAGCAGCAGCUGUCACCCGUCUCCAGUCAAUAACUCCACCACCACCACCAACACCACCACCAACGAGCUUGCUCAGGGCAAAAAGACAGCUACCUCGCAGUCCUCAAACCCUCGGCCUGCUGCACCCACGCCGCCAUUGGAAAGACAACGACGUUAUCUAGCUGAAAGAAAGGGUCCAUAA